AUGAGAGCACCAGAAAUUAUAAUAAAAUUGAUUCAAGGGUAUCGCAUACCUUUCUUUCAAAAGCCUCCGCUUGUUUACCCAAAUGUUAUAAAAAACCCUUUUCAAACUCCUGUCUCAGAGGUUAUGUCGGGAAUUGUACAAGAUAUGAAGAAACAGGGCAUUUUAAAAGUUGCUCCAAAUGCACCAAGCUUCAUCUCUCCUCUAUUUCUGGUGCCAAAAUCCGACGGCUCACUUCGGCCGAUAUUCAACCUCAGGGCGCUCAACGAGUAUGUGAUAGCAAAACCUUUUCACCUAAUAAACAUAAAUCGAAUUCCAGAUUUUCUUCAACACCAGGACUGGAUGUGCAAAGUAGACUUGUCUCAGGCCUACUUUCAUUUACAAAUAAAAGAGUCACAAAGACGAUUCCUUCGCAUUAUAUACAACCAAGAAUUACUAGAAAUGACUUGCCUUCCGUUCGGCCUAAGUUCGGCUCCGAGAACCUUUUCUAUACUCACAAAUUGGUUAGCGCAAUCGCUAAGGGAAAAGUACAAUAUAAGAAUCCUAGUUUAUCUGGACGAUUUCUUAAUAGCACAUCAAAAUGUUUGCACGCUACAGGAACAUGUAGAACUUGCAGUAAAAACCUUGCAAAAACUGGGAUGGCGAAUAAACUUCGAGAAAUCGAUUAUUUGUCCACAAAAGUCUAUAACCUAUUUAGGAGUACUUUGGGAUCCUUGGAAAAAAUCAAAAAUCUCUUCCGAGAGAAAAAACUGUCACGUUAAUCAAAAAAUUAAGUCGUGCCUUAGAAAGAAAAAAGCUAAGCUUAAAGGAAUUGCAGAGCGUAGUAGGUGUCUUGAAUUUUGCCAGUUUUGUUGUUCCAAGAGGCCGGCUCCAUCAUCGAAGCUUAUUAAUGUUUAUGAACACUGUAUUAAAGCACCCACAGAAGAUGCACACCUUACCAGAAGAAGCCCGGCAAGAGUUGAAGUGGUGGAUUCACAAUUGCCAGUCGUCGACGCUCCUACAUUACCCGCCACCAAAAAACUUUUUAGCUACAGAUGCAUCGGACCAAGCGUGGAGAGCACAAUUGAACAAUAUGGCUCUCUCGGGCACUUGGAGAGAGGAAGAGCAAGCUCAAUCCUUAUACAGAGCGACAACAAGACUGCAGUCGCUCAUCUUCGAAAAGAAGGAGGUACGAAAUCAAAACCGUUAAUGGAAAUAACCUACAAGAUUUUGAAUUUGCUGGAUCGACAUCAAAUACAUUUCAGCAUACACUAUAUCCCCGGCAAACACAACAACCAUGCCGAUCACUUAUCGUGUCAUCGCCAUCCUCCAGAAUGGCACCUACUACCAUCUUGUGUGGAGACGGUGUUCGCAAAAUGGGGAACCCCGGUGAUAGAUCUGUUUGCAUCGAAGAUGGCUCAUGUAGUGUACAACUAUGUAUCACGAGAUGUGAAAGAUACUCAAGCCCUAUUUCACGACGCGUUCAGUACUCCAUGGAACUACCCGCUUGCGUGGGUAUUCCCACCACCCUUUCUAGUUCCCAAAGUCUUAGCCCACCUGAAUCAAUCGACAGGAAUAUUUCUGUUAGUCGUUCCCAGAUGGGAAAAGGUAUUCUGGCGCGCGGACCUCAAAGUUCGGGCACUCGCAGCACCGAUGUCAUUGAAAAACCUUCAGAAUCACCUAGUCGACACAUCAACGGGACACCCACCACCGAAUGUGGAGAACAUCAUACUCGAGGUAUGGAAAUGUGGGGGUGGUCCAAGGAGGUAG